AUGCCGACGGAGGACAAGCGCAGUUUGUUGCAGCCGGAGGCCCCGGCGGCCACUGAGGAGGUGCCGCAGGUGUACCGGUCGCUCAACUUCCGCAGCCUGCAGGACCCCUACUCGAACCGCGGUGGUGACACCAUGGCCAGCCACUACAGCACGCUGCGCACCGACAACCUCGAGUCCAUGCUCAACGGCGGCCUCGAGCGCUUCUACAAGAAGUACAACCACCUGUCGCGCAAGAUCAACCUGCAGCUGCCCACGCCCGAGGUGCGUUUCCAGGACCUGUCGUUCUCGGUGCAAGUGCCGGCAAGUGUCGCAGGCCACAACACUGUGGGCUCGCACCUGGCCUCCAUCUUCACGCCGUGGCAAAAGGUGCCCAUGACUACCAAGCACGCGCUUCACCCGAUGACUGGUAUCAUCAAGCCUGGCUCCAUGACGCUGAUCCUGGCCAACCCCGGUGCCGGCAAGUCGACGUUCCUGAAGGCGAUGACCGGCAAGCUGCAGGACAACAAGCAGACGGAGAUCGGCGGCGAGAUCCUGUAUUCGGGUCUUCGUGGCGACGAGAUCGACCUCAUCAAGCUCGUGGGUCUGGUUGAUCAGACGGACAACCAUAUUCCGACACUGUCGGUGCGGGAGACGUUCAAGUUCGCCGACAUGUGCGUCAACGGCCGACCGGAAGACCAACCGGAGGAGAUGCGCGACAUCGCCGCACUACGCACGGAGCUGUUCCUGCAGAUUUUGGGUCUGGAGAACUGCGCCGACACUGUUGUCGGUGACGCUCUGCUGCGUGGUGUUAGUGGCGGUGAGCGGAAGCGUGUGACGGUCGGUGAAGUGCUUGUCGGUGGUCAGAGCCUGUUCCUGUGUGAUGAAAUCUCCACGGGUCUGGAUAGCGCUGCCACAUUUGAUAUCGUCAAGUCCAUGCGAACAUGGUGCAAGACCCUCGGCGGUUCGGUGAUCGUUGCGUUGCUACAGCCGACACCCGAAGUGGUCGAGAUGUUCGACGACAUCUUGAUGAUCCACGAGGGUCACAUGGUCUACCACGGGCCAAGGACGGAGAUCUUGAGCUACUUUGAGAAGCUCGGUUUCAGUUGUCCGCCUCGUGUCGACCCUGCUGACUUCCUGAUUGAGGUCACGUCGGGCCGCGGCCACCGCUACGCGAACGGUAGCGUCGAGACCAAGAAUCUGCCGGUCACGCCGGAGGAAAUGAACAAUCUCUUCUGCCAGUCGGACAUUUACAAGGCUACGCACGAGGCUAUCAGCAAGGGCUUCAACGAACACCAGUUCGAGAAUGCCGAAGACUUCAAGAAGGCCAAGAGCGUGGCCAACCUGGCGCGCUCGAAGCAGAACUCGGAGUUUGGUCUGGCUUUCAUCCCGAGCACUCUGCUGCUGCUGAACCGGCAGAAACUCAUCUGGCUACGCGAUCCGCCGUUGCUCUGGGGCAAGUUGUUGGAAGCUCUCAUUAUCGGUCUUGUCAUGGGCAUGAUCUACUUCAACGUCAGCUCGACGUACUACCUGCGCAUGAUCUUCUUCAGCAUCGCGCUGUUCCAGCGACAGGCCUGGCAGCAGAUCACCAUCUCGUUCCAGCUGCGUAAGGUCUUCUACAAGCAGCGACCUCGCAACUUCUUCCGGACAACCUCGUACGCGAUUGCCGAGAGUGUGGUGCAGAUCCCGGUGAACGUCGCGGUAUCUUUCGUUCUCGGCACGUUCUUCUACUUCAUGAGCGGCUUGACGCGCUCGUUUGAGAAGUACAUCGUGUUCUACCUGGUGCUGCUCUGCUUCCAGCACGCCAUCAGCGCGUACAUGACCAUGCUGAGCGCGUUGUCACCGAGUAUCACGGUUGGCCAGGCCCUGGCUUCGAUUUCCGUGAGCUUCUUCCUGUUGUUCUCCGGUAACAUUAUCCUGGCCGACCUGAUCCCGGACUACUGGAUCUGGAUGUACUGGUUCUCUCCGAUUUCGUGGGCGCUGCGCAGUAACAUGUUGUCCGAGUUCUCAAGCGCCCGCUACACUGAUGAGCAGAGCAAGAAAUUCCUCGAGAGCUUCUCGAUCAAGCAGGGCACGGGCUACAUUUGGUUCGGCAUUGGCGUUCUCGCUUUCUACUACUUCUUGUUCACGACGCUGAACGGCUUGGCGCUGCACUUCAUCCGGUACGAGAAGUACAAGGGCGUUAGUGUGAAGACCAUGACGGACAACAACAACGCUACUUCUAGCGACGAGGUGUACGUCGAAGUCGGCACGCCGAGUGCCCCCAAUGGGACUGCUGUCAAGUCAGGCGGUCUGCCGUUCACGCCGUCUAACCUGUGCAUCAAGGACCUGGAGUACUUCGUGACACUGCCGUCGGGCGAGGAGAAGCAGCUUCUGCGCGGCAUCACGGCGCACUUCGAGCCGGGCCGCAUGGUGGCGCUCAUGGGUGCCACCGGUGCUGGCAAGACGACGCUAAUGGACGUGAUUGCCGGCCGUAAGACUGGCGGACGCAUUGUGGGCGACAUCAUCGUGAACGGUGAGCUGAAGAACCCGGCCAACUUCAGCCGCAUCACGGCAUACUGUGAACAAAUGGAUAUUCACUCGGAGGCGGCUUCUAUCUACGAGGCGCUGGUGUUCUCGGCGAACCUGCGUCUUCCCCCUACGUUCACGACGGAGGAGCGCAUGAACCUGGUGCACGAAACGCUUGAGCUGCUGGAGCUGUCGCCGAUCGCUAGUGCUAUGGUGGGCAGUCUGUCGGUUGAGCAGAAGAAGCGCGUGACGAUCGGCGUGGAGGUGGUGUCGAACCCGAGUAUUUUGUUCUUGGAUGAGCCUACCAGUGGCCUGGAUGCGCGUUCGGCCCUGAUCGUGAUGCGCGGUGUUCAGUCGAUUGCCCGCACGGGCCGUACGGUGCUGUGCACGAUCCACCAGCCCAGCAUUUCAAUCUUCGAGCUGUUUGACGGUCUACUUCUGCUGCAGAAGGGUGGCUACACGGCCUACUUCGGUGACCUCGGUGUGGAUUCGGUGAAGAUGCUCGAGUACUUCGCUUCAAUCCCCGGCACGAUGGAGAUCCGCCCUCAGUACAACCCAGCCACGUACAUGCUUGAGGUGAUCGGCGCUGGUAUCGGCCGCGACGUCAAGGACUACUCGGUGGAGUACAAGAACAGCGAGCUGUACAAGUCGAACCGUGCGCGUACUCUUGAAUUGGCUGAAGUGUCGGAAGACUUCGUCUGCCACUCGACACUCAACUACAAGCCGAUUGCCACUGGUUUCUGGAACCAGCUUUGUGCGUUGACCAAGAAGCAGCAGCUCACGUACUGGCGCAACCCGCAGUACAACUUCAUGCGCAUGUUCCUCUUCCCGUUGUUUGCCGUCAUCUUUGGUACGACGUUCUACCAGCUAUCGGCAGCGAGUGUCAAGAAGAUCAACUCGCACAUCGGUCUGAUCUACAACAGUAUGGACUUCAUCGGUGUCAUCAACCUCAUGACGGUGCUGGAGGUGACGUGCGCCGAACGCGCCGUGUUCUACCGCGAGCGGAUGUCGAACUACUACGGCCCGUUGCCGUACAGUCUGUCGCUGUGGUUCGCUGAGAUCCCGUACCUCAUCGUGGUGAUCAUCAUGUUUGUGACGAUCGAGUACUGGUUGGUGGGCUGGAGCGACAACGCCGGCGACUUCUUCUUCUUCAUGUUCGUGUUCUAUCUGUACACGUCGGCGUGCACGUACGUGGGCCAGUGGAUGUCCGCGCUGAUGCCGAACGAGAAGGUGGCGAACGUGGCUGUGGGUGCGCUGUCGUGCCUGUUCAACCUGUUCUCGGGCUACCUGCUACCUCGUACCGCUAUGAAGCCGGGCUACAAGUGGUUCCAGUAUGUGAUGCCGUCGAGCUACUCGCUUGCUGCUUUGGUGGGUGUGCAAUUCGGCGAGAACCAGGAUAUUAUUGCGGUGACCGCGAACAACGUGACCAAGCAGAUGACUGUGUCCGACUACAUCGCCAACACGUACGACUUCCGGCCGGCCAAGAAGUACGACUUCAUGGUCGGCCUCAUUGUCAUCUGGAUUGUGCUGCAGAUUGCCAUCUACCUCACGUUCAAGUACGUAAGCCACUUGAAGAGAUAAGCGACCAAGCCUCUGGGGAGAAGAUGGCAAGACACUGUGCGCUCUUUUCGUCCACAGAAGCGAAAAGACCGGUUGGUACUUUCCGUCAUUUGCAUGACAUACACUUGAAUUCAUUUUCAUACUUCAUCUUU